CAGUUUAGGUUAUGUCAGUUGUGAUUUAAGUUUGUGUUUUGGUUUUUCUUGAAGAAAAAAUUCAAUUUUCUAAGGAAAAAAUGAAAAUAAAAUAAAGAAUAAUCAUGCUUCCGACCAAAGGCUACUUCCAGGAUAUCGAGUGCCCGUUUUACAAUACGACUUGCGGCCGUCCGUAUUGCCAUUUCAGACAUAAAAGGAAGCCAAAUGAAAUUAUCGAAGAACCCAGCCAGGAAAUCGCUACAAAUACGGUUCCAACGUAUAAACCGACCCCCAAAAGUGAACUGGCGAGUAUUCACAGCCAGAGGAGCCAUAUACCGAUCAGUUAUGUACCAGAUUUAUCUUAUAAAAGAGAAAGAACCAUCCGGCCUAUUAAGAUUGACAAGCCUACCUAUAAACCUACUCCCCUAAGCAUUUUAAGUUCUGCCACUCAAGUUGAGGCCUCUGAAAGUGAACUUCAAGAUGCUACUAUUAAAAAUAUUCAAGAAAACAUUGCUAGUAAUGUAUAUGACCCUCAGAAAAGUGAGAUAAACUUUGAGGCAUUAAACAAUGAGUUUGAGGCCAUCGACAACAUUAUAGAGAGUGAACAUAAAGAGCCACAAAACAGUAACCAAGAAGAACAUUUGCCUGAGGUAAAUAGUGAAAUUACAAAGGAGCAGGUCGAGCCUAGUCCGUUGCAGCCAGAAGUAAAAGAUGUGAAGAAGACUAAGAGUGAAUUAUUUGAAUCUGUAAAGCAUGACAAAACCAGUAAGUCUGAAGACCUAUUUGAUGCAUUAAAAAAAGACAAAUCAGUUGAAAUAAAAAAAGAAGCUGUGGAGUUGAAAGAGAAAUCUGAUAAAAGUGAUAAAAAGGAAUCCAAAAAAGACUCAAAAAGGAGUGAUAAAAACCAUAAAGAUAGUAAAAGUUCUAGUAAAAGUAAACACAGCUCAUCAUCAAAAGAAAAGAGUACCAAAGACAAAGAAUCUAAAAGCAGGAAAGAAAGUGAGGAAAAAAGAAGUGAAAGAUCAUCUUCAAGCCAUCAUAAAAGCAAAGAGAGAGACAAGCAUCAAAAAGAGGACAAAAAGGACAGCUCUAAGUCCCAGAGCAUUUCUAAGGAUAAAGAAAAACACAAGUCAAAAGACAAGAAGAGGAGCAAAACAAGGAGUGAAAGCACCAAUAAUUCUGAAACUGAGUCAAGCUCCACAGACCAUAGUCCUGAAAGGCAUAGAAAAGAGAAGAAAAAAACAAGUAGUUCCAAGUCAUCUCAUAUUAGUAGUAGUAAUAAUAAUAAACAAAAAAUUAGAGAUAGGAGCAAAGAAAAAUCUAAAAAGAAAUCCUCAAGGAAGUCGAAGAGUAGGUCAAGAUCUAGAAGUAAAAGCAAAGAGAAGCAUAAACAUCGGAGUAGUAGGACAAAGCAUGAAGAUAGCAAAAGCAAGAACAAAGAAAAAGAGAGGAAAAGCAAGGAUAGAGAGAGCAAGUCAAAAUCUAGUAGUUCAAAAGAAGUCCAUGAAAGUACUAAAAAAGAUAAAGAAACACCAUUGGUUGCCUCAAAACAAGAUAAUUUGGAUAAUAAUGAUGUAUUAAUAAUGGACUCGGAAGAUGUAUUACCAGAGGAUAUUGAUUUUGAUUUGGAAGAUGAAGAUGAAACUUUAAAGGAAUGUUAUAGGAUAUUCACCGAAUAUAAACCUGAACCUAUAAAGAAACCUGAUCAGUCAAUGGCUGAAAGCAGAGACGAGAACAUUUGUGAAUAUGUGCCCACCCAAAUAAAAAAACGGACAGCUCAUGCAGGCGCCGAAUUGUCCACCAACUACAACAAACUUCCGGCACCAGCACCGCCAAAACCCGUUCUUCUCCCCGGUCAGAUAUUAACAAACCGCUACAAAAUCGCCAAAUUGAUCCAAGCAAAAAACGAACAAGAAAGCAUCAUAAACGAAAUUAAAACGAUCACUCAAACCGCUAAAAGACCCGCGACAAGUUUACUUGAGGCCGCCCGAAUGCAUAAGAUAAAGAGGUUACAGAAGGCAAAGGAGUUGGAGAAGCCUAAGAAUAAUAUUGUGGAUGAUAUUUUAAAUGGGGUUCAUAAGCCUAGUGCCCCACCAAUAAAGGUGCAAUCAAAGAAAAUUGCCGCGGUGCCUAAUGUGGCCCUAAUAGAAAAGGCUAAGGAGAGAAUUUCUUUAGUUAAAAGGCAAAGGGAAGAGAAUGUUAAGACUAUAGCACACACUACUAAAGGUAGUAGAGUUGCUCACGUUCCCGAAUAUACUCUGGAUGAGAUUCCCGAUGUUUUACAAGCCGAUAAAUCGAAACUUCCAGUAAACGUCAGGACAAGAUUCUUAACGAUGAUCGCUGAAGAAUGUGCGAAAUUGUAUGCCUCAAAGGACGAUGCUUAUAAUAGGGCGCUAAACGAGGAAUUUAGCUGUUACGAAAAGUGCAAAGUCCUGGCCACUUAUCGAAAUUCCGCUAUGUUAGCGGUUAAUAGACUUCGCAAGGAGGUACAGGAGAGAGACGCAAAGGGCCUAGGGCGCCUGUUAAGCGGCGAAAGUAGUUUAAACAAGAAGGAGAACGAGUUCGAGGGAAAGACUUUUUAUAAUAACGUGAAAAGGUGGAUUUUAACGGAUGAGGAGCUUGAUAUCCACGGGUAUCCGCGCGAAAGCUCCGAAAGGGGGGUGGCCAUUAUCAAUAACAGGACUGAAAUUGAUUUUUCUAUUGUUGAUGAGAAUCAAAGGAAAUGCAGCAGAUGUGGCAAAUUAUAUCAAGUGGACGACGACGGAUGGCCAUUAUACGAUGAAGAAUGCAUGUAUCACCCCAUGAAAAAACGCACGAUAAGACGCGAACAAGUAUAUCUCUGCUGUAAAAGUAGCGAGGAAACUGGUUGUGCCAUGAGCGACACUCACGUGUUCGAUGGGCUUCCUAAACAUUUACUUGAAGGUUAUCAAACGACUUUUCCUCCCGAAUCCGAUGACGACCCGCGAAGUACUCAGGUAUACGCUUUGGAUUGUGAAAUGUGUUACACGACCAAGGGAUUGGAAUUAACGCGAGUUACCGUGGUUGACACCGAAUGUAAGACUGUAUACGAGAGCCUAGUAAAGCCUUUGAAUCCUAUUAUUGACUAUAAUACUCGGUUUUCCGGGAUAACCAAAGACCAAAUGGACAGAACUGGGACUAACAUAUUACAGGUACAAGCGAACAUUUUACAUCUGUGCAACUCGGAAACGAUUUUAGUGGGCCACAGUCUGGAAAGUGACAUGAAAGCCUUGAAAAUCAUCCACGGAACGAUCGUGGAUACGUCGGUCUUGUUUCCGCAUAAAAUGGGUCUGCCCCAUAAAAAGGCGCUCAGAGCGUUGGCGAGCGAAUAUUUACAGAAAAUCAUCCAAAACGACGUGAGCGGCCACGACAGCGCCGAGGACGCCAUCGCCUGCAUGGAUCUGAUCAAGUGGAAGCUAAAGGAGGAGUUGAAAACUAAAGUUAAGUAAAUAAAAAGGCUGUUCGAAAGAAAUCAAAA